AUGCGAGGUUGUCAUAGAACUCCAACAUUUAUCCAUAGCUCUACAUCAUUUGGUAAUGGAGAACAACAAGAUUUGGUAACUGGCAAUAUGAUUAGCGGUGCAGCUCAACAGCACAAAAAGCGAAUGAUUCCUUUGAAGCGUACUGAAGCUAUGGAUACCGCUGAAAGAAAUAAUGGCAAAUUACUUGAUGAUGUAUGGAAGACUGGAGGUGAUUGUUAUCAAAUUAUUCCAUCAACAAAUCCAGAUAAAUUAAAACCUUCAUUUUUAAAAUUAAAUAUUGGUGGUCAAAAAUAUUUAAUAUUAAGUGAUUCAAUAUUAAGAAAUGAUGCAUCCGGGUUUUUAUCAAAAUUUUUACAGUUAAAUCAUGAUUCAAGAUGUAAGGUAGCUGAUGCAUAUCUAGAAGAUGAAGAAAGUUAUUUUUUUCAAAGAUCCCCACUAAUAUUUGAUUGUGUCUUCCAAUUUUAUGCAUCUGGUGUUAUUCAUAGACCACCUGAAAUUUGUGCAGCCUCCUUUUUAUCAGAGUUAGAUUUUUGGAGAAUACCUACUAGUUAUGUAGGAUCAUGUUGUUCGGAUAUAAUACCAAAAGAAAAGGUUGAAGAAAAAGAAGAAGAAAAAAUUGAUGAUAAUACUUUUGAUAAAUUACGUUUUGGUAAACUUAGACGAAGAAUGUGGACAUUUUUGUCAAGACCUGGAAGUUCAGGUCAGGCAAAAUUUUUUGAACUAACAUCUACUUUAUUUGUUGCAAUUUCUGUGUUAGGCCUUAGCUUUGGAACUAUUCCCGAAUUUCAAGUUACACAAUAUAUGCCACCACAUAAUGAAACAAUUGUUUUACCUAAUGGAACUGUUACUGUUAUAGAAAAAGUAGAAGAAAUGCGUGUAGAACAUCCUGCAUUUGUUUUUACAGAAAGAAUAUGUAUAGCAUUUUUUACUGUAGAGUAUUGUCUUCGCCUAUUUGCAGCCCCUAGAAAAUGGCAUUUUAUAUUAAAACCAUUAAAUUUAGUUGAUUUAAUGGCAAUAGUACCAUUUUAUUUAGAACUCCUUCUUACUUUAUGUGGUGUUGAUGAUAAAAAAUUAAGAGAUUUAAGAUGGGCAUUUUUGGUUGUACGUAUAUUAAGAGUACUAAGAGUAAUUAGAAUUAUUAAAUUAGGAAGAUUUAGUAGUGGAUUACAAACAUUUGGUAUGACAUUACAACGUUCACAAAAACAAUUACAAAUGAUGACUAUUGUAUUAUUAACUGGUGUAGUAUUUUUUUCAACAAUGAUAUAUUUCUUAGAAAAAGAUGAAGAAGGUACACCAUUUACAUCAAUUCCUGCAGCAUAUUGGUGGUGUAUUGUAACAAUGACAACAGUAGGAUAUGGUGAUAGUGUUCCUUCAACAGCUAUGGGAAAAAUUAUAGCAUCAGCUGCAAUAAUGUCAGGAGUUUUAGUCCUUGCGUUACCUAUUACUAUUAUUGUUGACAAUUUUAUAAAAGUUGCUCAGGAUGAACAACAGGCAGAACAAUUGAAAGAAGAACAAAGUAGACAAGAAGAAUUAAUAAAACAAAUGAUAUCAAAAACUAAUGCUAAUAGUAAUUUCUAG